CGCAGCAUCCCGCAUCACAUACAGAAGGAUGCUGGCGACCAUGUCUAAAACACAGACACACAUACAUAUGGGUGACGAGGUGGAAAAAGAGAUGUAGCUUUGAAGAUGCCAUCCUUUUUCGUCUCUCGUUUUUUCCUCUUUCUCUUUUUGUCAGAUAUUAAAGGGAUAGCUGGUAAAUCCCUUCCUGAAAGCGCAGCACUGGAGGUGCAGGUGAGGGUGCAGGUGUUUGAUGGUGGGGAUCUGUCACCCCUGCCCAACGCUGCCAUCACUGUCUACGGUAACCAGAGUGUGCUGGCACAAAGUAAAGCAGGCAGUGAUGGCGUGCAGGUGGUCAGCUUUCUGUAUCGCACGGGAACAUGGGUAAUCAUUACAGCAUCUCAGAGAGAUUACCUGACCAGCUCAGUGCCAUGGCAUGCCAGCCGUGUACCCUUGUAUGCCUCUGUCAGUCUUUACCUUUUAGCACAGAAGCCUGGCACACUGAUCCUUUAUGAUGAUGUCAUCCAGGUGUUUCAUGGCUCUCCAAGUGGGCGGAGUCAGCCAUGGCUGCAAAUUCCAAGGCGGAGCCUACAAUUUAACUCCUCCUACACAGAACUGACUGCAGUUUUAACAACAGCCAGAGAGCAAAAUGAAAUUAACUCAUUCCCUUACCCUCUCGCCCUGGAACCUAACAACACAGGAGGAGAGAAUGGAUGGACUGACCUCACAGUGGUAGCAGCGGUCAGCGCUCAGCUGUUUGAUCAUGAGGGUCGACCGUUACAGGUCAGAGAGCCCGUUCACAUCUCCGUGCCUCUGCCCUCUGAUUCCCACAUGCGAUCUGCCACCAGCAUACCUGUUUGGAUAUAUGACACCAAGACAGGAUUAUGGGUACGAAACGGGACAGGAUUUAUCAGACGAGAGGGAUCACAGCUAACAUGGGACUUCACUGCCUCACAGCUUGGCUACUGGGUGGCAGCCUUCCGUUCUUCAACAGGCUCAGGUUUAUCUCAUCCAGGCCUACGGGACAUCACAGCUUACCACACAUUCUUCCUACUGUCCAUACUGGGAUCUCUUGCGCUGCUUGUACUUGUCUUACUCUGUGUCCUUCUCUACUACUGCAGGCGAAGGUGUCUGAAGCCACGGCGUCAACAGAAACAUGUCCAAGCUCCAUCUGCUUUGAAUGGAUCAAAGCGGGACCAAGGCACCUCCACUUCCCACUUGAACCUCAUCUGUGGUAGCCAUGUUGAAUCAGCUGCCACCAAUGACAAUUUAGAUGCCAACAAAUCUGAGGGCUCACCAUCCCAUGCCUUCAAGAGUGCUCGGGAUGAGUUUUCCAGGCACGUUCCUGCCCAUAAACUCAGGCAUACUUCUAAGACCAAGCAGUCCAAAGGUGCCCAAUCCAAGCAAUCAAAAGGUGAGAGCUUCCCAAUGAAGGUACAUCGAUCAACAGAGACAAGCAGUCUGGACAGCAAUCUUCUACAUGAUGACUAUGGACGCAACUAUAGCCCUGACGACAAAGAUCACGAUUAUCACCGAAGGCACAUUGUCAAUGACAAUCGUGGCUAUACAUCCGACCCGCCUUCUCCGCCAAACACAGACAAGCCACCGGAAUAUUCACAGGUUUUGCAGGGGCCAGAUCACCUUGCUCGUCCAACGUCGCUAAACACACAACCAGGUCAGAUUAUAUUCUGCAGUUCGUUGGAUCAGAUGAAGGAGAACAUGUACCGUUCUAUGGUACCAACUCUUGUGAUCCCAGCCCACUACAUGAGGAUGUCAUCUGAGUUUGGUGCCACAGAUCAAGGUAAGGAUGGGCAGAACCAGACAGAAAGGGACCGAGAUGGACAGAGUUCACAGGGUACCAGCAAUGGGGCUCAGAGCCAAAACCACCAGGGCCAGACCCCAGGCCAUACAGAUACCCAACAAGGGUCAUCUCCAGCUGGCUCAGAUGAAAGCGUUUGGCCCUCCGGUGGUACACCAGGACCAGUUCACAUCCCUGUUUUGUUUAAUGAUUCCACCAUCUCACAGAUGAACGGGGAGCUACAAGCACUCACGGAGAAGAAGCUUCUAGAGUUGGGGGUGAAGCAGCACCCUCGUGCCUGGUUCAUAUCUCUUGACGGCCGUGCCAACGCUCACGUACGCCACUCGUACAUCGAUGUAGGUGCUGAGCUUAGCCAUAGUGGAACACACAGUGGCAACCACAGCGCGCAGAGCACGCUUAGCGCCCCUGCUGGAAGUAGUAAAGACCGCGGUGUAGACAGUACUCUCCAAGACGCCCAACAUGACCGUAAAUCAUCAUCCGGUCGCAAGAGCAAAGAGGAACACCGUGGAAGUGGGCGCAAAAGCCAUGGAUGCACCUCCAGCAGUACUAGUGGUGGCAAACACUACAUGAAACCAGCGUACCAUGACCCUCUUGAUCUGAGUGGAGGCAUUAGCCGCAUGGGCGCCAGUUCGCCACUGGAAAAUCCUCUGACUCCUCUUUUGGAUGAUUGUCCCGAAGAGCCAAGGGGGUCUUCAAUGCCACGCAGGGGUCGAAGCCGCGGUAACAGCUCACGGAGUAGCAACAGCGAAACGCAACGUGACUCGGUUACCAGCCCAGAGGAUGACAAUGACCUGGACGACAAAGACGAGAACAAGAAGAGUCCCUGGCAAAAGAUUGAAGAGCGCCCCCUCAUGGUGUUUCACCCCAAAAAGUAGAACAGAGGAAAUGAACCCCAGCAGCUGCCUUGACCAAUUAUAGGCACACUAGAGAUGUGUUCAAAUUGAUCAAAUAAUGAUUCUGAAAGUUAACAAAUAUUUCGGGCUAAUUCUCACAGACUGAAUGGAUGCAUUUUUUUUUUUAAUAAUUUGAUACGCGCCAUGUCAUUUGUUGAAUAUAUAUAUUGGAAACUGUCACUAUGACAACAGACAAUGAUCUAUUUGAAUGCAUCUCAGGGGUCAAUGAAGCUGAAUUAGGUGGCAACACACCAUCGUAGUGUUUAUUAUAGUAAGGAGAAGUCAUAGGCAUACGUUCAAUUCAAGACCAGUCAUAGCAGAGUAAGGGAACCAAGAAACCAUACAAAUCAAACUCUUACAAAUGACUGCAUCCAAAAACACCUGAAUAUCUUUUCACACACAGUGGCUUGGCGAUACUUAUAAACAUUUGGAAUGGGUGGAUUUCUCAAAUGCUUCAGUCUUCAAUGUGUUUCUCUCUGCUGGAUCAACAACUUUUGAUGUUUUCCAGAACUUCAUGUUAAACUUUUUGAGACUGUUUCCUUAUGUUCUAAUGCAGUAUAAUCCUAUACUCUUUCCCAAAACUUUCUCUUUCUCUCUAACCUUCAAUAUUCAUUAUUUUGAUGUCAGUUCCUUAUUCAAUCUUUCGUACUAAUUUUAUAUACAUUUUGUGCAUUGCUAAUCUGAAUUAUUUCAGAUUUACAACAUUCCAAAUGGUUUACCGUUUGUCCUUAAUUACAGUCUAACUACGUAAAAAUGUAAUUAACAAGGCUUUGUGUUCACAUUAGAUCAGUGUGUUUUUAUAGCAAUUACUGUUUUAUAAAAUCCUUGAUUUUCAUCCUUCAACACAUUGUCCACUGUACUGCAGUUCUUGUGACUCUGUUCAAUGAGAUAGGCUUAAAUAUAGCACUUUUUGUGCUAAAGUUAGAAUUUGUGUAGGAAAAGCUGAUUCCAAAUUAAUCGCCUUAUGUUUCUUCUAUAUGGGACCCUGUUCUUGUUUGUAAUGAAAAAGCACUGACUGUGUCAAACAGUAGACAUGAUUGUACAUUUCCCACAGUUAGUUUCAGUUCAGUAUAAUUAAUUUGUAUUGCUUCCAACAUUUUCAAUAUUCAGAUUGGGUACAGAGUGCUUUUCAUUUGUUUAGAAGGAAAUCAUUUAAUGUAUAUGUAUGAUAGCAUUUAUGUGCAUGAGAUAACUAGCAUAGGGCAAGAGAUUUUGUAUACAUAAAAUAGAAACAGACACUAUUUAGCAUGAAGGUUGACACUAGGCGGAAUGCAUCUGAUACUGAUGCCAAACAGAGGAAUUUGCCAAAAUGUAAAAUGCCAUUUUAAAAUGUUAUUAUAUAGUUUACAGGCCAGUGUUUUGCCAACAUUUGCCCAUCAAAAUUCUUCCAGCGUUGUUAGUAUUCACACUGUCGGUAGUUUUAAAAAAGACUGACUUAAAGCCAUUUUUAAAUUAAAUUUGAAUAAUUUUGUAUACUUCUUCUUUUAUUAUUUUUUAAACAAUUGUUUGAUUUCUCCUUUGUUUACUAUUAUCAAAACAAGCACAAGACAUGUUUCACAUUUAAAGCACCAUUUUAUAAAUUAAUAAAACUGAUUUACAGGGUACUCUAUGCUGCAUGAGGGCUGAUGUCAAGAACUGUUUGAUGACAAUCAAACAUGAGACAACAAGACAUUUACUAAAAUAGUUCUGCUCAUGCUAAUCAGAUGCCAAUCACAUGUAAAUCUUUUGCAAUGCCGGUCAAAUAACACCACUGCUGCAACAUCCCUUAAAUCUGUGUCACUUGUUUUGUAAUAGUUUUUGAAAGCCAGAACUUCUGCUAACUAACAUCUACAAUGACGAACAUAACUUUUAUUGAAACUGAGAUUAAGAACCAGUUAAUACAUCACAAAGAUGGCGCUUGAAGAGACAGUUUACCCAAAAAUGAAAAUUCUGUUAUCAUUUAAUCACCAUAUUGUUUCAAACUAGGUGCUCUAAAACCUCAAAUAGACCUACAUUUUUUAUUUUAGAUUUGCAUAUUCUUUUUAAGCAUUUGGAAAAUUCUUAGACUGUUUGAACUAGUAGUUCAUUUAUGGGGUUCACUCAUUGUCCAACUUCAAGAAAUGAAAUCAAAGCCAUUCCCUUUCUCUGUAUCUUCAUAUUUUGCUCACAACCUGUGGAUCAUUUACACAGGAAAUAUCUAUCUGCAUUUGUCAAUGUACAUUAAUCACGUGAUUUGGUGCACUGAAAGAACAUUUCCCUCUGUCUUGUGUAAAUAGUUUUCUCUUUGGCUGAUAAUGAAUAUGACAUUUAUGUUAUGGGUGUUGCUUCCAUUGUGCACAACAGCUUUGUGUAACUGUUUUAAAAUAACGUCAGAUGGAACUUUUGCAAUUUUAUAAUUUGUUCAUAUUCUAAAUAUGAAAAAUCACAUGUAAAUGAGGAAUUACAGCUGGAAAUUCACUUCUGAGAUGUCUGAAAGUCAUGUGAAGUAUAGUAAAAAAGUUGCAUUUCU